UUUGUAGCCCAGCCCCACUCGCCCUAAAAACUGAACAGAGCUCUCUCUCCUGACUGAGUCCCGACCUCCGUUGGGAUUCUUCGCCCCCUCUCCUUCAUCAACUCAGACUCCGAGUCGGCAGAUAUUGUUUGGAUCUAGGGUUUCACUUUGGAAGAAUUCGGAUCAACAACAGGUAUGGAUGUGAUAAAGACUCAGCAGAUAUCCUCUCGCCCGAUCGAGAAGGUGAUCGUCCACCCCCUCGUCCUCCUCAGCAUCGUCGACAACUACAAUCGCGGCGGCCCGCGACACCGCAAGCAGGCAGUCAUUCGGCGUUCCCUCGGAAGCUCCUUUCAAGGGACCGUCGACUCUUCUUCACUUACAUUUUUAUGCUAUUUUGCAGUGCCCUUUGAAGAAGAUGAGAAAGUUCCGAGCAUCUGGUUCCUGGACCAUAACUACCAUGAGUCCAUGUUUUCCAUGUUCAAACGAAUAAAUGCGAAGGAACACGUUGUCGGUUGGUACAGCACAGGUCCAAAACUACGGGAGAAUGACCUAGAUGUGCAUGCAUUGUUCAAUGAUUAUGUUCCUAAUCCUGUUCUGGUUAUUAUUGACGUCCAGCCCAAAGAGCUUGGUAUACCUACAAAAGCUUACUAUGCUGUAGAAGAGGUCAAAGAGAAUGCAACUCAGAAAAGUCAAAAGGUGUUUGUGCAUGUACCCUCAGAAAUUGCUGCUCAUGAAGUUGAGGAAAUUGGAGUUGAGCAUUUGCUGAGAGAUGUCAAGGAUACCACCAUUAGUACACUUGCAACGGAGGUUACUGGAAAACUUGCAGCCUUGAAGGGUCUGGAUGCGAGGCUCCGUGAGAUACGUGCCUAUCUUUCUCUUGUCAUUGAAGGAAAGCUUCCCUUAAACCAUGAGAUUCUGUACCACUUGCAGGAUGUUUUCAAUCUACUUCCGAAUCUUAAUGUGACUGAACUAAUUAAGGCUUUCUCAGUGAAAACCAAUGACAUGAUGCUAGUGAUUUACCUUUCCUCUCUCAUUCGGAGUGUCAUUGCACUUCAUAACUUGAUAAAUAAUAAAAUGCUAAACAAGGAACACGAGAAAGCUGAGGAUGCUAAACCAAUGGCUGUCCCCGCUACAGCAGGGAGUUAGGUGCACUGUGCCUGGUUACAUUUUGCUGCUCUGACGAUAGGAGUUACCAUACUUGGUUUCCAAGUACGAUCACUGGAACGGUUCUGAUACACAAGGAUAUGGGGAACAUUGGGUCUUCAAUGAGCGCAUCGUUGUUUAUUUUCCAACGUUUAUUUUGUUACUCUACUCUCUUAUCCUUGUAAGCUGAUAUUUGAUUUAAAUUUCAGCGGUGGGGCACCAUAAACAAUACUGUAAUUCAUGUAUUAGGCUGGCAAAUAUUUUUGUCAUGUACUGGUGAAUAUUUAGAGGUGUUUGACUCCUGGGCUCCACUACAUGAAGGCGUAUCCUCUUUUCACUUA